UUAACCCUUCCGGUGCCGGGGCUGAAGUCCAGCUGAUAGUGAGACGCUUCUCUCUCUCACACUCAGCGGUCAGACCUGACGUGAACAUCGUUUCUCUGCCGGUCCGGACUGAUUCUCGUGAUUCAGGAUGCUGAUGUUGUGUGUUUGUCUCGUGCUGCUGGCGUGUGUUCGGACUGAAGCGUCUCCUGCUGGAAACAUCCAUCUGCUGGCGCCAGAGGAGCACAAACUCAUCCUGAACCUCGGACAGAAAGAGAUUCCCCGGGACUGUUAUGAGCUGUGGCAGAGCGCCGGCGGUCAGGCGCGGGACGGCCUGUACCUGAUCCGGCCCGGAGCUUCACCCAUCGCCGUCUACUGCGCCAUGCACGAGGGCGGAUGGACGGUCAUCCAACACAUCACGGUCAAUGGCAGCGUGGACUUCGACCGCGGCUGGGACGAGUACAAGCGAGGGUUCGGAUCCCUCACCGGAAACCACUGGCUGGGCAACGAGCACCUGCACCAGCUCACCGCCGGACCCGUGCGCUACAAGCUCGCCAUCAAGCUGGUGGACAAAGACGCGGUGACCAAGAUGGGCGAGUACGACCCGGUGCUGGUGGAGGACGAGGACGCCCAGUACCGCCUGCGUCUGGGUCUGUUCCAGGGCACGGCGGCGGACGCCCUCACGCUGGACACCGAGAACUACCUUCACGACAACCAGCGCUUCACCACCAAAGACCGCGACAACGACAACUACUUCCAGAACUGCGCAAAGCUGGAGUUCCAGGGCGUGGCGGGCGGCGGCUGGUGGUACGACGCCUGCGCCGGCGCAAACCUCAACCGCAGGAACGUCAUCUACUGGCAGAAAGACUGCAACAAAGAACACUUGUGCAAAUAUGCCUGGAUGAUGGUGAGACCUUCAGAUCAAGUCAAAGUCAUCCGGAGCGGAGACUGUGCCAGAGACGAACUCUGACCUUGAUUUCCAAUACAGUCAUCAAAACAUCCUUUAACAUAUACUGAGGCUACUUGAGAAGCCAAAUCUUGCUUUCAGAGAAAUCUAACACAAUUUGGUGAUGUUUCUGCUUAAAUCUAAAAAGAAUAAGAAAAAAGAUGUCAAUAAGGAAAGAAAAAUAAUCUGCAAAGGAAGAUUAUUUUUCUGACCCCACUGGCAAACAUAUUUUUUCUUGUUUCAAGGCCCUUUCAAACCGAGGACGAUGACUAUAAAGAUAACGAUAAAGAUAUAAAUAAAACAAAUCGUUCUAAAUAUAAAAGAAUAGCACUGUCCACACCACAGCUAUAACGAUAACGAUAUAGAGGAACAAUAUAAUUGGGAUCACUUUCAGAAUGAUUUUUUCCAGCCGUGGAACGAAUCCAUUCUAAUUUAAGGGCUCGCGCAUUUAAAAUGGCGGACGACCUUGCGGAGAAUUUAGUCGCAGAGGUCCAGAAAAAUCCACCGUUUGACAAGUCAAGGUCAAACCCCCUUUUCAAGGAUACUUUAACCAGCAGAUGUCCUCAGCAUGCUAUGUUUCUUGUGAAUCUAGUGUAUCGAUCUAAUCUUACAGUGAAUUUAGCUGACGUAGUCAAUAUAGUGGAAUAAAAACAUCAAACUUCAAAGGAAGCAAGACAAUGUUGUCGAAACUAGCGCUGGAUACCUGAGGUCAUUUUAUAUUACACUGUUUGCUAGCCUGGCAUAAUGAUCUCAUCGUUAACACCUCUCACCAUUUAUUCCGAGGGUAUGACAGAUUGUUUUCCAUAUAUCCAUUUUGUUUAAAGCCGUGUAAAUGCAACAAGAACAGCAAAAACAUGUUCAAUGACGUUUGACCGUUAUUGUUCGUUGGUGUGGACGCUGUCUUUAUAGUUACUGUUCUUCGUGUGAACGGGCCUUUAAGAACAAACUUCACAAAAUUCUGUUAGAUUUCUCUGGAAUUAAAAUGUAAAUUCUUGGUAUUUUUAUAUUUGCUUCUAAAGUGAAUAGGCCUACAUCUUUUUUUAAGGAUGGUUAGAUAAAACAAGACAAAAAAUCUGGAUAAGAUGUGAUUUUUUUGCAGUGUAGGGAUGAAUUAUUAACCCAUUAAACACAUGACGAUCAAUUA